AAGCAACGGUCAUGCCUCUCGCGUGCAGAUUCAAGAAUCGAGAAUAAUGUCUCCUCUUCCUCCUUCUUCUUCUCCAAUCGCCUUCAAGGAACAACAGGGAAGACCACCUCCCACAACACAACAAACAAUAGCCGGAAAACUCUUUAGAAAUCUCUUCAAGGGUCUUCUCUUCUCACAAUUAACCUUAAUCUCGCUUUUGGUGAUCGUUCUCACCAUUCGCGGUCUCAUCUCAGCAAGUACACACCAUUUCCACCCCAAGAAAUGGUACCCUCCUUUACUAGCAUCUGUUGCUGUCUCAGGAGUUGCAUCUUUAGCCUGGCAAUGCAUCUUUAUAUACAAUCCAUCAAGAGCAGUCAAAGCAACGUUUUGGCUUAGCCCAAUACUCACCUGCUCGGUAGGGAUAUUGCUUGUUCUGAUUGGCUCUGCGGUAGAUGCAGGGAUCGGUGCAGUAUUUGUGCUUUUCGCCAUUAUUCAGUCUCUGUAUGGUUGCUGGAUCACUCCGAGGUUUGCAUACACCGAUAAGAUACUAUCACUUGCUACAGCGUUUCCACCUGCAAGAACCAGAGAAGUAGUCUGCUUAUCAAUCAUAGUUAGCGUUGUUUACUCUGGUUUCUUGGUCACUGGAAUUGGAGGAGCAACUUCCACUAGAACAAAUCUUGAUAUCUUGUUCAUAUCCGUAAUCAUGAUGAGCUUAGCAUGGACGAUGCAAGUUCUCAAGAAUGUACAACAAGUUGCGAUUUCACGGGCGAGAUAUGUAAACUUUGCACAUGGAGAAGAUAUGGACGCUUGGAAUGCUUUUCGCAUCACUUUGAAACACCUGACUGGGAGCAUCUGCAUUGGCUCGACGCUUGUUCCAAUCAUCGUAUUCAUCAGAGGAUCGAUAAGAAGCGUUAAUCUAAUGUCAGGGAGCAGCGAUGAGGUCAUGUAUUCAGGUGCUGAUUGCUUCUCUACCAUUGCUAACAAACUCAUUACACUUGGAAACAGAUGGGGCUUUGUACAUGUUGGAACAUAUGAUAAAGGCUUCAUGGAGGCUUCGAGUGAUACAUGGAAGAAGUUCAGAAGCACAACAGGGUUAGAGAAACUGAUAGAUUCGGAUCUCACUAGCUCCUUCUGCUUCCUCAGCGCGGUUUCUGUUGGAGCAGUCUCUUCAUUAACUGCUGGAAUAUGGAUGUUGUUAAUACACAAAGACUAUGCCCUGGAAGUGUCUCUCUAUGCUUUCAUAAUUGGAUAUUUCGUGGGAAGGGUAGGUUUGGCGUGGCUACAGGCAUGUGUCUUGGCUUACUAUGUAGCUUAUUCUGAAGAUCCUCAAAGCAUGAGGUUUGACGGUACAAUUCCACAACGUAUUCAGCGUCUUCAAAUGUUAAGUGCUCACAGAGAUAACAGGGAGCUUGAGAAGAAGAAGAAGAUGCUGACGAGUCCCAGUAACGCACUUCACAGUAGUACUCCACACUUCUGGCCAGUUCGCCGGAGCAGGCUUUGCCGUUCCCGGAAUUUACCUCGUUUUCACUCCGGCGAACGCAGCAGCGGCGGAGGAGGAAAAUUGUGCUCGCUCUCUCUUCUCUCCGCUAGUGGCGCCAGUAAAUUCAGUGUCAGAGCUCUAGUUAGACCAGAUGUUACCGAAGACGCUGACUCUAUCGGCGAUGGGUCACUGGCUUUUCCUAACCACGUUUCUGUCAAAAUUCCUUUCGGAAAUAGAGAGAUUUUAGUAGAGACUGGUCUUAUGGGGAGACAAGCAAGCUCUGCUGUAACAGUGACAGAUGGAGAAACUAUUGUCUACACAUCUGUUUGUCUAGCUGAUGUUCCGAGUGAGCCAUCAGAUUUUCUUCCCCUUUAUGUUCACUAUCAGGAGCGAUUCUCAGCUGUUGGUCGAACUAGUGGUGGAUUUUUUAAGCGAGAAGGAAGAACAAAAGAUCACGAGGUUCUGAUUUGUAGGUUGAUCGAUAGACCUCUACGCCCCACUAUGCCCAAAGGUUUCUACAAUGAAACUCAGAUAUUAUCCUGGGUUUUGAGCUAUGAUGGAUUACACGCACCUGAUGCUUUAGCUGUUACAUCUGCUGGAAUUGCUGUAGCUCUUUCAGAAGUACCAAAUGCGAAAGCGAUUGCAGGAGUUCGGGUUGGUCUAAUUGGGGGAGAAUUCAUCGUCAAUCCAACCGUGAAGGAGAUGGAAGAGUCACAGCUAGAUUUGUUUCUAGCUGGAACAGAUACAGCAAUAUUAACAAUAGAGGGAUACAGUAAUUUUCUUCCUGAGGAAAUGCUGCUCCAAGCUGUUAAAGUUGGACAGGAUGCUGUACAGGCUACAUGCAUUGCUAUUGAAGUUUUAGCAAAGAAAUAUGGAAAGCCCAAAAUGCUUGACGCUAUCAGAUUACCACCUCCAGAGCUAUACAAGCAUGUGAAAGAACUUGCUGGUGAGGAAUUGACCAAAGCGCUACAAAUUAAGAGCAAAAUAUCGAGAAGGAAAGCCAUAUCGUCCUUGGAAGAAAAGGUCUUGACAAUACUGACAGAGAAGGGGUAUGUUAUUGAUGAGGUUGCAUUUGGAACCAUAGAAGCACAACCUGAUCUGUUGGAGGAUGAAGAUGAGGAUGAGGAAGUUGUUCCUGAAGGGGAGGUGGACCAAGGCGAUGUACACAUUAGGCCCAUCCCUCGGAAACCUAUUCCUUUACUAUUUUCUGAAGUAGAUGUCAAGCUGGUCUUCAAAGAAGUAUCGUCAAAGCUCCUACGGAGGCGAAUUGUUGAGGGAGGUAAAAGAAGUGAUGGUCGGACUCUGGAUGAGAUUCGUCCAAUUAAUUCAAGAUGUGGACUGCUUCCAAGGGCACAUGGAAGUACUCUGUUCACACGUGGUGAAACACAGGCACUGGCAGUUGUUACGCUUGGUGAUAAACAAAUGGCACAGAGAAUUGACAACCUUGAGGGUUCUGAUGAAUACAAGAGGUUCUAUCUUCAGUACACUUUUCCUCCAUCGUCUGUUGGUGAAGUUGGACGAAUUGGUGCACCCAGUAGAAGAGAAAUAGGUCAUGGGACACUAGCAGAGCGAGCAUUGGAGACCAUUCUACCUAGUGAUGAUGACUUUCCUUACACAAUACGUGUUGAAAGUACAGUAAUUGAAAGCAAUGGUUCUUCAAGCAUGGCAUCUGUUUGCGGCGGUUGCUUGGCUUUGCAAGAUGCCGGAGUUCCAGUCAAGUGUUCUGUUGCUGGCAUAGCAAUGGGAAUGGUUUGGGAUACUGAAGAAUUUGGCGGUGAUGGAUCUCCCCUUAUCCUUUCUGACAUCACUGGAGCUGAAGAUGCAUCUGGUGAUAUGGACUUUAAGGUUGCUGGGAAUGAAGAUGGUGUUACCGCCUUUCAGAUGGACAUUAAGGUAGGAGGAAUCACUUUAGAGAUAAUGGAAAAGGCUCUGAUACAGGCGAAAGCUGGGCGUCGCCAUAUUCUUGCUGAAAUGGCAAAGUGCUCACCGCCUCCUACAUUAAGCCUCUCAAAAUACGCUCCAUUGAUACAUAUUAUGAAGGUUCAUCCAAGCAAAGUGUACUCUCUUAUUGGUUCUGGUGGUAAGAAAGUAAAGAGCAUCAUUGAAGAAUCUGGAGUUGAGGCCAUUGAUAUGCAAGAUGAUGGAACUGUCAAAAUUAUGGCAAUCGAUGUAGCGAGUCUGGAAAGGGCGAAAGCGAUUAUUAGUGGAUUGACAAUGGUUCCCGCUGUUGGUGAUAUCUACAGGAAUUGUGAAAUCAAGUCAAUGGCUCCUUAUGGUGCCUUUGUAGAGAUUGCGCCUGGGCGGGAAGGUCUUUGCCAUAUCAGUGAGCUGAGUGCUGAAUGGCUUGCAAAACCAGAGGAUGCCUAUAAAGUAGGAGACCGCAUUGACGUCAAACUAAUAGAGGUGAAUGAAAAGGGUCAGCUUCGACUUAGUGUACGGGCUUUACUUCCCGAAUCAGAGACAGACAAAGACAGUCAGAAACAACAGCCGGCAGGUGAUUCUACCAAAGACAAGGGUUCGCAAAGGAAAUAUGUAAAUACUUCGUCAAAGGACCGUGCAGCAGCAGGAGCAUCAAAGGUUUCAUCUGGGGAUGAACUUGUCCUGAAGAAGAAAGAUGUAAGGAGAGCAACUGGUGGUAGUAGUGACAAGACAAUGAAAAGCAAUAGCAGUACCAACGAAGAAAGUUUAGUCAACGGUGAAGCUACAAUCAGCUAGUGAAUGCAAACAAGAUCACUGUUCAUAUCUGUUUCUUGUGAGACUCAUUACGAAAGGAGGAGAGUUUCUUCCAACGGAACCACAGUUUCUUGAAGCUGUGCAUAUAUGUUGGCAAGUCUGGUGUGGAGGAGGAUAACAUUUUUGAAGACGGCAUAUGUUGGGAGAUUCUCAGACAUUUCAUCAGUGCUUUCUGUUGUCUUUUCUCUUGCAAACUCAUUAGUCCGUUUAGGUUACUUGAUAUUUUCAUGUUAUUGACUAAAUUUUAUUUAGAUGA